UUAGAGAGGCUUCAUCUUGGACUCCCGCAGCAGAGUAGACUCUUUGAAGAAUCUGUAUGCUAGUAGCCAGAUGAGGCUGCUGUGCGGCUGGCCGGAGGGGACUCAGUGGCUGGCAUUCAUCGCUCCUGAGAUUUAGAAUCAUACUGAAGAACCAUGACUGGGAAACCCUCCAGAUUGUUCAGAUUAUGCAAUCAUCAUCUGACUCUCCUGAGAAGACGUCCGCAUCAAACCAUCAGAUCCUUCAGCUCAGUCAGGGCGGGGCGGCAGCGGGGGCUGCUGUGGAAGACCCUCCUUGGCCUCUCUGUCGGCCUCCCUGCAGCAGCGGCUGCAAAGUAUGCCGCCUCAGAGCCGAGGCAGAGGAGGAAGAUGAGGAUUGUGGUUGAAGGAUUCGGCCGUUUCUGCAGGUCUCUGUCAGUGGGGAUCUUCAUCUCUGUGGAUUACUGGUGGACCACCAACGUGGCUCUGCGAGGGAUGGAUGAGAGCAGCCCAUCCUACAUGUCAGAGAUGUCAGCCUGCCACCAGCGGGCGGCGGACCACAUGGUGGAGGGAGCCAUCAGGAACGGAGGGCUCUACAUCAAACUGGGCCAGGGGCUUUGUGCCUUCAACCACCUGCUGCCCCCCGAGUACAUCAGCACCCUGCAGGUCCUGGAGGACAAAGCCCUGGACAGGCGGUACAAGGAGGUGGACGCUCUCUUCCUGGAGGACUUCAAAAAAACCCCAGAGCAGCUUUUUAAAACCUUCGACUACGAGCCCAUCGCAGCGGCCAGCUUGGCUCAGGUCCACAAGGCGGAGCUCCAGGAUGGGACGCCUGUCGCCGUUAAGGUGGAAAUAAACGUCCUUUUUAUUUUAUUCUCUCUGGCAGUUCUGGUGAGAAAAGGUCCAGAUAAGAAGGCGGAGCUGGUGCUGUUGGAUCACGGCCUCUACGAGUUUCUCAGUCAACACGACAGAGAGGCUCUGUGCAAACUGUGGCGGUCCGUCAUCCUGAGAGACGAGGCGGCCAUGAAGCGGUACUCUGACGCUCUGGGGGUCAAAGAGUACUUCCUGUUCUGCGAGAUGCUGCUGCAGCGCCCCAUCAGCAUGCGGACCUUGACGCUGUCCAACAUCCUGAGCCGGGAGGAGACGGCCUACAUGCGGGAAAUGGCGCUGAACCGCUUCGAGAGCAUCAUGCAGGUGCUGAAGGCCAUGCCCCGACCCAUGCUGCUGGUGUUCCGGAACAUCAACACGGUCCGGAGCAUCAACAUCACUCUGGGAGCGCCGGUGGACCGCUACGGCAUCAUGGCCAAGAGCGCGGUUCGAGGCUACGGGAAGAUUCAGGCGGAGAAGACGGGGAUACUGCCGCGGUUACGGAUCAUCAGCUGGUGCAGGACGACCUGGGAGAGCCUGAAGUUUCAGGUGGCCUUAAGGUCAGAGAUGGCCAUCAUGAGUCUGACCAGGACCUUCCUGAGGCUGCUGGAGGUUCUGGGUCUCAACACUCUGGACGCCGAGGUGUAUAAUUACCUGACGUAGUGCCGCAAUGAAGCACUAGGGGGAGCUGUUCCAGAUACACAAGGAGAUGAUGCAGAUUUUAUUGUUUUUAGCCAAAAAACAUUGAGAGUCGGGAUGAGGAGAUAAUCCAGGACACCUGCCUGCCACAGCGACUGACUAUCCUGUCAUUUUAGGAUUUACUGUUUUCCUUUUGUUUUGUUUUAUAAAAAGCAGAAAAACAUUGAAAGACAAAGGGAGUUAAAUUUGUUCCAUUAUUGUGCAGAGAACAUGUUUUAUGAAUUAAAGAAGAAAAUACAUUC